GGGAGAAAGAGGCGCCACGCUAUCCACAACUCUUUCACCACCCCCGCCUCCAUAUUCACAACACUUCUUUUCAUCACAAAAGCAAACACUGAGCACUAAACACUCCACCCAAAAAAAAAAAAAACAUAAAAAUUAAAAAUAAAAGAAAAGAAAAAAAAAAAAGUAAUUAACAUGGCUCUUCAAGCACAAGCAGGGCUGCGGAGGAGCAAUAUUCCAGCUUCUCUUUCGCCUCCGGUCGGCAGCGGUGGUGGUGGCGGUGGCGGUGGCAGCAGCGCAGGUCUACGGAGAAGCCCCGACGGGUUCGCGUUCCGGUCGGCAUUCUUCUCCCCCUCGGUGCAUCUGCUGCUGGCGGAAGCGCUUCCCAGAAAAGCACCCGCUGCCGCCGCCGCCGCCGCCGCCGGGCCGAGAUUCUCCAUGAGAGUCGCCUCCAAGCAGGCCUAUAUUUGCCGCGAUUGUGGCUAUAUUUACAAUGACAAGACUCCCUUUGAGAAGGUUCCUGAUAAUUAUUUCUGUCCUG